GAAAAUAGUCAGGCGCGCGGGGGGCGGGCCACUCUUUGUUUACGUCUUUCCCGCGUGUGCGUCACUGGUUGUUUGAUGGAUCCCAUCUAGUAAUGGAUGCCUACCUUAUCCGCCUUUAACAGGCUUUAACAUUCGGGAUUUGGCUGGACUUGUCCAGUUACGGAAAUGGUAAGGUACGGUAUGAUGACGGAAUUACAAUCCUUCCAGGUUCCACCCAAGGACAGCUCCAGCGCUCUGAGCCAAGUUGGGCAGAGCUGUGGAGUAUCUGAGGACAGCAGACUCACUGCAGAGCAAAUACAAAAACUAUCUGACGGCCCUACAGAAUGUGAAAAAAGCCAACCAGUAAAUAUUGUGGAUGCUGCUAAAAGAAAGAAGAAGAAAAGAACCAGAGCCACGGACAGCUUCACUGGCACUUUUGAUGAUCUGUACAAACUCACGGAUGAAGUGCUGGGUCAGGGAGCUUAUGCAAAAGUACAAGGAUGUAUUGGUCUGCAGAAUGGAAUGGAGUAUGCUGUAAAGAUUAUUGAAAAGUGUGCUGGGCAUAGUCGCAGCAGAGUCUUUCGAGAAGUGGAGACACUUUAUCAGUGCCAAGGAAACAAGAACAUUUUGGAAUUGAUCCAGUUCUUUGAAGACAGCAACUAUUUUUAUUUAGUAUUUGAGAAGCUGCAUGGAGGUUCAAUUCUUACACAUAUUCAGAACCGAAAGCACUUUGAUGAAUUGGAGGCCAGUAAAGUAGUAA